GGACAGAAGAGAGCUGCUCACUGAGGAAGUUCAUGUCUACAAGAUCAGUGAAGCUGUGAACCACCUUCGCUCUUCCCCAAUAUUCACAGAUUCAUCCAACAAGUUUCCACAAAGAGGACGCUGACUUCAUCAGAGGACAGAUGGAGAAAGUCAAGAAGGACCUCAUCAAAACGUUAAAGCAGCUCAAGGAUCACGAGUUCAAACAGUUCAAAUGGGUGCUGGAGAACCAUUCAAGCCCGGAAGGCCCCCGAUCAAUCCCACCCUGUGACCUGGAGAACGCAGACAGGAUGGACGCGGUGGACCUGAUGGUGCGGUGCUACGACACAGACUCCGUUCAUGUGGCCAUGAAGGUUUUGGAAGAGAUGCAAAUGAACGGUCUGGCCAAAACAUUAUCCAAAACAAACUCUACAGGCGAACCGAAUCCUGUGGGAAGAGAUAGAGGUCAAGAGAUUAUCGCCGAAGGUCAGCGUGAACUCAAAUCCAACCCGAAGGAGAAGUUCCAGUGUGUGUUUGAGGGGAUCGCUGAAGCAAGAAACCCAAGCCUUCGGAAUGAGAUCUACACAGAGCUCUACAACACAGAGGGAGCGACUGCAGAGGUCAAUCAAGAACAUGAGGUCAGACAGAUAGAAACAGCAUCCUGGAAACCAGACAGACCAGAAACAACCAUCAGACUAGACGACCUCGUCAAAUUGUUGCAUCUGGGAGAGCUGGACCUGAGCUACAAUCAUCCAGGAGACCCAGGAGAGAAGCUGCUGUCUGCUGGACUGAAGAGUGCAAACAGGAGACUGAACACUCUCAGGUAUGAACAGAACAUCAGUCUGGUAGAGGAGGUAGAGCUGGAAAAAUGUUCUCUGUCACACUGUCAGCCUGGUUAAUACGACCCUGACACACCAAGCUGUCCUCAAACUACCAGAGAUUCAUGUGUCCCACAUGAGACCAUCAAUACAGACAGAAGCAGGAUGACCCGCUCACAAGCCCCGCCCCUCCCUCCGCCGCUUAGUAUCAGACGCGCAGGUAAUGGCGGUGUUCCGCAGAAUCCCCCGACGUUGUUUAGUGAUAAAUUAAUCACAAGGACAGUCAGAGAAUUUAAAGGCAGUUUUACUGUUCUACAAAUUUGACAAGUUCACUAGUUUUGUUUAAUAUACAAUUAUUUAAAUGAAAGGUAAGUCUUAAGUUUAGCUACAUGACGGUCUUGUGAUGUAUUUUGCGGUAUAUUAUUGGUGUAAUGCUGCUUAUGCUUCAACUGUAAAAGCGUAAACAUCUUCCAAGAGAUGACACCAACGAGGAUGCUCCAGUGAAGCUCCUUUAAUUUAUUCAGAGCAGAGUUUUGAUAUUUGAGAUUAUUAUUAACAUAUUAGUUAAUUGCGUCUGUUUUCGCCUGAUAUUAAUUCAUUUAUUCCAUCUGAGUUAGUUUAUUGCCAAAAAUAAAUAUAUGAAUAUAGAGGAAAAUAUUCUGUGUUUUUUAUUUAAUUCAUGAUGUAUUAUUAUUUUUCAUUUAUAAAUUAUUUUGGUGAUGGGGGCCCUUUUGUUUUAGUUUUAGUACCUGCCCCCCAAAGUGUCCCUCUAAAACCCUCUAAAGAUUGACUCCCACAUCUGUCACAUCACAUCUUCAAUAGGUCCUUUUUACUUGCACCUCGCAUCUUCCCGGUGUGGUAAAGUAUAUUUUUCAUCCUUAAAAUGUAGUCUUCACUAUCAGAGCGGAUUCUCUCUAUGAAAAAUGUAAAAAAAAUGAUAAAAAAUAAUUAGUAAAAAAUUGAUUAUUAAAUUAGUUCAAACGUCACAAUUAUGCUUCUCAGAAUGUUUUUCUGGAUACAACGUGUCUUCCCUGGAGAGAGGAGGUGUGGUGCUGAGGCCGCGCACUUAAGUUUACCCAGAAUGCUUCUUGCUCGUCAGCUGCUUAAGGCCGCCACAUGUUUCUGCGUCUUUACGUCGUGUCGACGCACUGGUUUCACUUCC